CCACAGGGCUCAACCUCUGUUUACUUCAUCAACGUUUGGGAAUACGUAAAGCACGACUUUAGUUUAAUAGCUAAUGCAGGUUUGGGUGACAGACUGCAUUUGCUAUACUGGUUGGUUUACAGAAGGCAAAGGGCACUAGAACGUCUUACAAUUUACAGUACCUGCUUAAACUGGACCUUGUGUGUGUGUGUGUGGCCUUGUCAGUUGAGGAAGGAAUGCUAUACUGGGGAGUGAACAAUUACUUUUCCUUCUGGCAUACAUGCUAUGCUUUUGCUUCUCUCCGAAUAGCUAGUUUCUCGUUUGCUACCUUUCAGCAUUUGUAUUGGUGUAAACAAUGCUGUGCUAUACAGUAUUCUGCUGAAGUUGCAUGCCUGCUUGUGAAAGUGCAUUUACAUGUAUUCUUUGUUAAGUACACUGUCUCUGUGUGUGUGUGUGUGUGUGUGUUUGCGCCUGUGUGUGAUAAAAAUGAGUUUACAUACCCAUCCUUUGUUAAAAGGUUCCUGACGGCAUUGAAACCUGCCAUGUAUCAACGCUUGCUGACAUGCUCUUUAACAGCCUAUAGUGUUAGCUCUCUCUCAUAUCUGUUGCUAGAGGUAGCACCCAUAAUGUUAUCAUUACAUUCAUAUUCCCACCCAUAAAUGCAUGUUAUUUGAGGUUUGCUUUUAAUGUAUUUUAUAGCCGCACUUCGUGUAGGAUAGUUCCAUUUACAUGAUUACCUUAUCACACACACAGUGAAAGAGAGCGUGAGUUUGUGUCACAAAAGGUUGUAACGCCUGAGAGAACAAUAUAUGCCACAGGGAAGGGAAAAAGAGGGGAAAGACAGGUGUGGGAGGCCAGCUCCUACUGACGGACUAGUAUUUAAUUUACUGUGAUUUUACGACUUUGUGUGCGUCACAGUUACUCAGUGUGGGAGAACGGUAAAAAGGGAAAGUGCGAAGGAGAGGGUUGACUACAAAAAGAACCCAUGGAGGGAAAGAGAGUAGCGUUAAGUGAGGUUAUGAGUAAGAGUUUUGCUAAGCAUUUGAGUGGAAGUUAUUUGAGUAGGACCUUGUGGCACUUCCUUCGGAUGCCUCCUUAGGUUGUACCAGUUUUUCAAGUCAUGUUUUUUUUUUUUUUUUACUGUAUGAAAGUUGUUACAACAUUGUUCUAGGCUGAGAGGUGACCAAUGAACUGACGGAGAGAGAAACCGAGUGAUCAGAAUAAGAGAAGGAGUAGUAAAGUGGAGGAUAGAAAGAGAGAAGAUAAUUGUGUGAAAAAGAGUCAAGUGAAGUUUAAUAUAACCAGAUCAAUUGAGUGUCUUUAGAUGCACUUGAAGAGGAUUUGGAGUGGUUUCUACAUUGGCUGUUAGUUACCUAUGUUAUGAAGCAGCACGGUGGGCGAUAGCUGAAAAUAUUUUAUUACAACUUGCAGAACAAGGGACUCAUAUCUGGCAGGUUAUUUUCCAUCAGUACACAGCCAGACACUUGUAGGUGUUCUAUUCAUUUAUUGUUAGAGUAUCUAGGAGGAUCCAAGGACCUCUGCCUUUUGAUACUGCGCCUAAUUGCCUUCGGACACUUGAGGACCGUUUGCUGAGGAGAAUUGAUUAUGGCCAGUUUCCUGUACUUUAUCCUUCCGGCCCUAGGGGGCUACACCCUGACGUCGCUCUACCUGUUGAAGAACCCUCAGAUCCUCCACAAGAAGAAACGGGCUGCCUUCCACUGUACCCACAUCUCACACAGAGGAGGAAGCGGCGAGAGGAUAGAGAGCACCAUGGAGGCCUUCACACAUGCGGUGGAGCAGGGUACAGGAAUGCUGGAGCUGGACUGUCACCUGACCCGGGAUGGUCAUGUGGUCGUGUCACAUGACGAAAACCUCCUGAGGCAGACUGGCCAUGAUGUCACCAUCUCCUCCCUAAACCUAGAGGACUUACCCUUGUAUAAGGACAGACUGGAGGUCACAUUUAAUGCAGGCCACUACAGCACCGGUACAGACAGGAAGUUCACCCUGUUGGAGGAAGUGUUCAGGAAAUUCCCUAAGAUGCCAGUCAACAUCGAAAUCAAAGAAGACAACAGCUUGCUGAUGGAGAAAGCGUCCAACAUGGUGAAACAGUAUGAUAGAGAGGACCUUACAGUGUGGGCGACUGUAGACUCUACCAUUAUGAAAAUGUGCCGCAGAUCUAACUCCACCAUGCCCUAUAGUUUCAGUAUGAGACGAGGGCUGCAGCUGCUCCUCCUUUACUACAGCGGCCUGCUGCCCUUUGUUCCGCUGGGAGAGAGCUUCCUGCAGUUCUACCUGCCCCGCAUCAUUAACAGAACAUAUAUUCCUGAGGAGCGUCUUCUGAAGAACAGAAUGGUCAUCUAUCUGAUAGAAAAAUUAACGAUGAGGAAGAGUCUAUUCAAACAUCUGGCCAACAGAGGAAUUCAGGUGCACCUGUUCGUCUGCAACGAGGAUCCUGACAUCGAGGCGGCGUUUGAAGCAGGAGCCACAGGCGUCAUGACAGACUACCCCACCCUCCUGACUGACUACCUACACAGACACAAGACUGACAGCCCAAACCUCAAAUCAAACUACUAAUUCACAAACAGGUUCUUAACUGACAGCUCGAGCUACCUAUCAAGAGACCUCCACUCGUACAUUGUGUGUCACCGAAAGAACCACACUGAAAUCGCAAUUUUACUUCACAACUCCGGUCUCCACCAAUGAGCAGAAGGACAGCUCUGUGAGGAAGUUGGCCUAAAAAGCACAGAUCCAAGACCAGCGUAACUUUCCGAAAUCCCAACCUUAACCAAUAGAGGGACAAACAUAUAACCAAUCUCUGACCAAUGUCUUUAGGCAACUUCAUUCCAUCUACACAAAAGUAUGUCACUUACACUUACUGUCUUUUGGUUAAUGGAUUGUGGCCAUAUAUUGAGACACUGUUCACCUCUCUCUGCAACCUUCCCAAACCCUAAUGGAUCUAUCAGUGAAUGUCUGGAUGUUGUUGGGAGGAGAAGUGAUUUCUUUAAGUAUAUAUCCUUAAUGUUCUCUCAUAGUAUUAUGACAUUUACAUAAUGGAACUGACUUUUGGGAUAUUUAAGACAUGCUUUACAAAUUGUAUGUUUGUCAAUGCAAAGAUGAUUUAAAUAAAUACUUGUAUACCGUAAUUUCCGGACUAUAAGCCGCUACUUUAUUCCCACACUUUGAACCUCGCGGUUUAUACAACGACGUGGCUAAUUUAUGGAUUUUUCCCGCUUUCACAAGAUUCAUGCCGCCAAAAAACUGAGCACCGUCACAUAAUGUGACGUAAAUCGAGCGCGCUCAAACUUCCCAGCAUAAUGAUUACCGUAGUAAUUUUGUCACCCUCAUCAUGGCAAAGACACAGAGAAAUGCAUAUGAUGCAGCUUUCAAGUUGAAGGCGAUAAAUCUGGCUGUUGGAAAAGGGAAUAGAGCUGCUGCAUGGGAGCUUGGCCUUAAUGAGUCGAUGAUAAGACGUUGGAAACAGCAGCGUGAGGAACUGACUCAGUGCAGAAAGACAACAAAAGCUUUCAGAGGGAAGAAACGCAGAUGGCCCAAAGUAUUUACAGCCACAUCAGUGUAAAUCGUGCAUUUAAGGUGGCGCUCCUUGUUCAGUGGGAGGCUUGGAAGACAAGUGGGGAGAAAUCCUUCACUAAAACGGGCCGCAGGCGAAGAGCAUCUUAUGGUCAAGUCUGCCAGUGGGUCCUGACAGCGUGGAGCAUUGUCAAAAAAUCCACUAUCAUCAACGGGUUUCGUAAGGCUAGACUGCUGCGUGUUGAAGGGGCAGCAUGAGCUCAGCGGGGUAUUUGCCUCUGGAUGAAAGUGACGAGAGCGACAAUGAAAACGAUCCAACAUCGGAUGAAGCAAUUCUGAGGCUAUUCAACUCCGACACCGAAGGAGAUGACUUCAGUGGUUUCAGUGCACAGGAGGAGGAAGAUAGUGACCAUUGACUUUCUUGGUAGGCUACUGUUUUAAUUUUUGUUACAAGCCGUGUUUCGGUAAAGCCUAUUUAUUUUUGUUACAAGCCGUGUUUCGUUAAAGCCUAUUUAUUUUUGUUAUACAAGCCGUGUUUCGUUUAAAGGCUGUGUAAAGUUAAUUUGUUUCAAUGUACCGGUAGGCACCUGCGGCUUAUAGACAUGUGCGGCUUAUUUAUAUACAAAAUACAUAUUUUUUAAUAAUUCAGUGGGUGCGGUUUAUAUUCAGGUGCGCUUAAUAGUCCAGCAAUUACAGUAGUUAAGCAUUCAAGGCCAACUUCCAUUUGUUUGUACCACUGGAAAAUAACGGCUUCCAACACACAGUAUUUAUGUGUUUACUUGCUUCACUUCCUCAUUCUCUCAGCCCAGGCCAUGGUCAAAGUCCGUUCAGUUCUUAACAAUAAUCUACCAGCCAGUCAGGUCCCAGUGGGAAACAAAGGCUGCACUUCCUGGUUCUAUGUGUGUUGGAUGCAGUAUAGCAAAUAGGUUAAAAUAAUAAGUAGAUAAAUUCAAACAACUCUUUAGAGACGUAUUAAGAGAUUAAGACCUUGUCCUUUAGAAUUCUGAGAAAUAAGCCUUCUGUGACACACACAGCAGCCACAAUGAAUAAGAGCUGAAAACACAGGGCACUGGACUGGUUCAUCUAAAUCUAGAUAAGAAUUUCAGACUUGAGAGUUGAGCACAAGUCAGAUCUUUAGCUAAUGUAAAUUUCUUAUCAUGUUCAUGUAUAAUGAUUUAAUUCUGUUUUUAGAACAAUAAUUUGCCCCAUUGUUUUCAUUUUUGUUUGUGGCUUUGAUGGUAUGCCAUCUAACAGUGGCUAUAUUAGUAGGCCUACUGCUAAUGUUAUGUGUCAGUACUACUGCCUGUGUCUAAGUUUAACUUAGAGUGGAUGCGAAUGUCAGAAGACUCAAGCCUGGUGUGGAUGUAGGUCUGGGCACCACUACCCCCGUGGUGGGGGUGAGUUGGCGGCACGAGCAGUGGUGUGGGCUGGUAUGGAUAAAAUGCGAGGGUCGAAUUCUUGUCCCAGUCCACCCCAGCGGCUCAGCUCACUAAUAAUCACCUAUUUUUUUAAACAUUUUGACAGCGAGGACAUAUAACCAAUUUUCAGUGCAGCGCUCUUGACCUUGUUAAUCCAGUGGCUUUAUUAGGCCUACAGUUAUUGUGUUAUGUAGCAAGUAAACUGUAGCUAGUAUACGGUCUUGAGCUACAGUAGAAUCUCUAUGAUCUUUCUCAUGCGUGACCAAGGACAACAUGGACAGGAUUCAGAUGACUUCUACAUAGCUUAACCUAUGAAACUAGUCCCCCUACUAGUUUCCUACUCGGGUCUUGACGAGAAAAAAAAAACUUGUCGGGGGAGGUUCUCUUCUGCACUGUUCAACCAAUCCAGUAAAUGUGGAGGAGAACAGAUGGCGUGUCGCCAUGGAAAGGAGUCACCCUACCUCAGUGGAGUAGCCUUGUUAACGUCCAAAAGAGGAAGUUCAGUCACAGGCUCUCU